AUGAGCUCAACAUCAUUGAUUGCCGGUAGCGAUCUAAACGAUGCUAAUCCACAGACUUUAAUUGCAAUGGGUAUUCUUAAAGGCAAUGGCUUAGCUAUAGACGAGGACACUCUUGAGCCGCUGACGGAAGGCAGACAUGGACUGCUUUACCGGUGCCAGCGACGAGUAAAUGACAAUAUCGGCGGUAUAAAUGGCUGGAUCGCCCUGAAGGCUGUUAACGUCUUCAUCAACAAGAAGAGGCUGCCUCACGAUGCGCUCAGGGAGUCAUUUAUACUAUCCCGCACACACCAUCCAAACAUUAUCAGCCUCCUUAAUGCCUACGAGUCUGAUAGAAUUUACAUUCUUGCUCUACCGCUGCAACCGCUCCCACUAUCCAUGAUACUCUCUUACCCGGACUUCGUCCCUUCAUUCUCUCCAUUUACGCACAUAGCUAGGUCUAUCAUCUAUCAGCUUCUUCUCGCCGUCGAGUACUUGCAUUCGUCUGAGGUCGGAGUAGCCCAUCGUGACGUCAAUCCCUCCAAUGUUGCACUCGAUGGUAAUGGCUGUGUAAAGCUCCUUGACUUUGGUGUUGCCUAUGAGGAUGGUCUGGGUAUGGAAAAUGAGCAUCCGAACGGCGGCAUGUUUUUUGAGCUUGCAACGGGUGCAUAUAGAGCGCCAGAGCUUAUAUUCGGUAGCAGAUGCUACGAUGCGCGCAGCACAGAUUUAUGGAGUCUAGGCGUUACUAUAUCAACCUUUUUUACUCAUUUGAGUAGCUACACAUGCCCAGCGUCGCCCAGAACUGACAGUACAUCAUCCAUCUCAUCCUCCAUUUCAAGUUCAAGUCAAGGUGGCCUCACUCGAUUAGACGCUCCAAUCACUCUGCCUAGCUUGCCCGACAUUCACAACCGCAGAGACUCAUCUCACAAUGCUCAGCCUCAAUCACGGUGGUCGAGGAAGACAUUGUUCGACGCUUCCUACGGUGAAAUUGGUUUAGCGUCUAGUAUAAUAAGCGUGAGGGGACCUAUCACAGAUGAAACUUGGCCGGAGUAUGCUACCUUACCUGAUUACAAUAAAAUAAGCUUCAACAAACCCAUCCCGAAUCACCUUUCAAACUACCUCCCAUAUUUACCAGAAGUGCCCGAUCCCGUGCCCAAUACAUUCAUGCACACGCCAAAUUAUAAGCCCAUAGCUACUGUAUACGACCUCAUUGAACGACUCCUUCAAUACUCUUCCGCAAGAAGGUUGUCGGCAACAGAUGCCAUUAAUCAUCCGUGGAUUUCAAAUUUCCCCAUUCUCGUACCAGCUCAGGGUACACAUGAAGAUUAUAGUAGGAGCACGCACAGCUACGCUCACUCAUUCGAAGGCAAGACGCUACCCAUGUGGUUGUCACAUUGGCUCAAGGCGGGUGAGCGUCGAAUGUUAGGAACUUAUUGA